AUGGUUAUACUUUGUUUGACAUUGGCUGUGGCGGUUAUACCCCAAACUACUUUGUCCCAACAGAUAAUUCCCACCGUAUUGGUCCAUGGUGGUGCUGGAGAUGUAUCGGAUGCUACGAUCCCAUAUAAAAAAGAUGGUGUCAAGGUAGCUGCCCGCAUUGGUUAUGCAACGCUGAAAAAGACCGGAAGUGUAGUCGAUGCCGUUCAAGAAGCUGUUAAGUCUAUGGAAAAAAAUGCACAAUUUAAUGCCGGCUAUGGUGGUGUCCUCACCUGGGAGGGUAAAGUCGAAAUGGAUGCUGCCAUUAUGGAUGGUGCUACCUUAGAUGCUGGUUGUGUAUCAAUUAUUGAAAAUAUUUUACAUCCGAUUUCAUUGGCACGCAGUGUAAUGGAAAAUACACGGCAUAAAUUUUUGGCCGGUGAAGGUGCCAUGGCGUAUGCACGCGAAGCUGGGUUUCAAAUAUUACCCGACGGUUCAUUGGUAACGGAAAAUUCUAAAUUGGCUUUGGAAAAUUACAAGAAUAGUUUGAAUGGAACCAAGCCAAUGGUGGACUGGGAUGAAGAGCCUGAAAUUGGUGAUAAGAUAUUCGGUUCCCCAGGUACUGUGGGCGCUGUCGCCAUUGACGCCUAUGGCAAUGUGGCAGCAGCCACAUCCACCGGUGGUAUAACUGGAAAAAUGCCUGGCCGUAUUGGUGAUACGCCUAUUUUGGGUGGUGGUACCUAUGCCGAUAACAAUGCCGGUUGUGUGUCAGCCACCGGUAAAGGUGAAACUAUUAUGCGCUAUAAUGUGGCAUCGAGAAUUUUGGGUUUAAUUGAACAUUUUGGUAUGACGGCGCAGGAUGCCACCGCCCUUGUGCUGGAACAAAUGACGGAACGAUUUAAUCAAACUGCUGGAAUUAUUAGCAUUGAUCCUAAGGGUAAUUUGGGCAUAUAUUUUACAUCGAGACGUAUGUCAUGGGCCUAUCAACGCGGUGAGGAGCUGCAUUAUGGUGUCGACAAGGGUGAAGAUGUUGUGGAAAUUGUUGGUGAACCCAGGAUUAAUAAUUGA